AUGGACGUGCAUCGCGACUCCUUGACCGCGCCCUUCUUCACGGUUCCGCCUCGGCGGCUGGUCAGCGUUGAACACCCUGCCGUGGUUCGAAACCCCGACAAGGCGGUCGAAACAUUGCAGGGAAAUGCAGGGAUUGAAAAAAUCCUGAAUCCACCACCCAGGAUGGCUGAUGCGCCAGCUCAAUUGUUACUGCGGCCGGAGGACGCUAUGUCGCGGCCACUGAAAUCAAUCAGCAACGUCUCAAACAAUGUUCUGCUCCAAGUGACUGUCCCGAAAUGGACCGGUCGCAAGCGCAAACGAGGUUCGAAUGAGCCUUUUCGAGAUGCCACACCAGAGCCCGAGACGCCCGCCGGAUCCGUGCGACGGCACAAGGCCAAGGAUCUGUUGCGCAGUCUUCGGGACAACGAAGCAAAGUACCAGGUCAGACCAGUCGGCCGAGUUGAACGUACCCAUAUCUUUCGAGGUAUGCCGGACUUCGUCUAUUCGACCGCGAACAGUGCCUUCGCUACGAAAUUCCGAGAGAAUAUUUUACCACAUGACCUGGCGAAACUCAAACAGUUCGAUAUUGACAUGACCAAAGCCGUCAAUAAGAAUACUGAUAUCAUUCCACCACCAUCAUUCAGCCACGGCGACGUUCCAUUCCCGUACUUGUAUGGAAAUUCAAAUGUCUUUAUCCUCAUUCCACAGAAGCUAACAGCAGUCAACAGCUACCGUCAAAACCCAACAGUGAAACAUGCCAUCGGCCAAUCCGGCAACGUUACAACAAUCAACACACAACAACCCUCAAAGAUCGCCACUCAUCUGCUGCCAUACGACAUUCCCGAAGUCCCAUCAAAGCCUCACGAGAAUAUUCCCCCUAUCGAAACUCAGGACCCCGCUCUCCGCCGGACAGUCCGAGACCUUCAAGUCCUUUUCGAGGAACGUCCUGCCUGGACCCGUCGCGGUAUUCGCAAUCAACUCACCACUGAAGAACAACUCACCUCUCUCCGAUUUGCAAUUCCGUAUGUGGGAUACAUCUUUCGAUCUGGACCGUGGCGAGAUGCCAUUAUAAAACUGGGUGUCGACCCGCGCUCAUCCCCAGAAUACCGCCACUACCAGACCUUCAUGUUCCGCCUGAUGCCCCGAGAACCGGAGGUCGCCCGAGAUGGCAAGCGCCGUCGUGACCAUGAUCAUGACUUGCCGCUUGAAGAAUCUUCGGCCGCCGCCAAAGAUCCUGAGUCUCAUUUAUUCAAGGGAACCCUUCCUCUCCCGCUUGAUGGGAAGAUCUGGAUGGUGCGGGAUAUCGUAGAUCCUCAAAUUGCUUCGGUCCUUUACCCGCCCGACGAGAGAAGUUCAACGGACCAUCCCUUCGUUCGAGAAACCUGCGAGCCUGUCAGCGAUGGUUGGUAUGGGAAUGGUACACUGGCCAAGGCAAAGACGAUUAUGCGGCAGAAGAUCAAUACGCUCAUCGAAAACCGCCAGCCGGAUGAGAACGAGUUCGUUCGAAUCAUGGAAUUUCCCGACCACGCGCAUGGCCCAGAUGAUCUGGUGAAAUUUAUGUGUGAUCCAGCUACCUCAACGAAGCGAGACGAUAUUCUGGCGACGGAGGUGAGGGCUGCGAUCAAGGGGGCACCGAUUUGGCGGAUGAAAUUUGAAAGCAAUAGACGAGAUAAAGGCAAGAAGGGCAAAGAGAAGGAGGCAGAGGUGGAGAUGGAGACUCAACAAGAGCAAAGUGAGGGCGAAGAGGAAGAGAUGGAGCGGGUGGAAAUGUUGGAGAAUGAAGUUGCGGCUGCUUUGGCAGCACGAGAUGCUGCAGAAGGCGAUGAAGGUGACGAGGGUGAUGAUGAUGGGGAAGCUGAGGAAGACAUGGACGAAGGAGACGAAGGAGAAGUUGAUGAUGGUGAUGAAAUGGGCGACGAAUUAUGA